CUUUCUUACCUAUGGUCUAUAUAUAUUUCCAAACUCUGAUUUUUCCCAUCUCUCCGACCGCUUCUCUUCUCCUAUUCAACUCUUCACCUUCCUCCACCCCCACCUGAAAACCAUGUCUACAGAUCUACACCUCAGCCAAUUAGAUUUGUCAGAAAUCAAAUUACCGAGAUUGAAGGUGAACAAUUCUUCAUCUCCAGACGGUAACGGUUCCGAGACCAAGGUAAAUCACGAAGAAGAAGCUGUAAAUCACGAAGAAGUCGAAGAAGAAUGCCAUACGCCGAAAUCGCCCCGGAAUUUGAUACCGGAGAUGCUAGUAUGCCCGCCGGCGCCGAGGAAGCCACGGCAGCCGCUGAUCCGGUGCAAGAGGAAGCUCAGCGAGUUCAAUUUCGCGGAGAUGGUGGCGCGAGAGGAGGUCGAGUCCCUCUUCAAAUCCGCCGCUUCUGCCAAGAUCAGAAGGUGCUUUUUGUAAAUGAAUUCCGGAUAUUAAAAAGAAAAACAAGAAUAGAAAUUCCACUUUUUAUUGAUUUUUUUUUUUUGCUUAAAAAGAUUUUAUAUGUGAGUAGAAAUUACAUUUUUAUUUUCUGUGAAUGAUUUUAGUUUUGAUUGAAUAGGCGAAUUUUGUUGAAGACUGAUUCAACAAAUUCGGAUCUGAAUUAUAUUUUAUAUACGCUCAGUAUUGUAUAUGGGUUGUUAUACAUCGACGAAUUCAAUAUUUUGUUGUGUAAAUUUAAUUUAGUCAAAUUAUUGUUUCCAAACCGUGUUUCUAUUUUUAGGAUGAUUGUAAUACUUUAUAUUUGAGUUCAUUACGGAAUUUGUAUCC